AUGCUCACCAUGUUUUCGGGCUCCAAGAUUGCGGAAAUGCCGCCGACGUCGUCACAACUCCGGCCUCCGCAUCUGCGCAACCGCGGCACGUCGACGUCCUCAGUGCCCACCACCAACUCGGGGACGAUCAACACCGCAGAUGCACAGGAGAGGAGGCGGUUAGAACACCACGAGGCGGAUGUCGUCAUCGUCGGAGCGGGCAUUGUCGGGUGCGCGGCGGCGGUGGCCUUUGGCAAGCAGGGCCGAAGCGUGUUAUUGCUGGAGAAGAGCCUGAAGGAGCCUGACCGGAUUGUGGGAGAGCUGCUACAGCCGGGCGGUGUCAAUGCGUUGGAGAAGCUGGGCAUGAAGGACUGCCUCGACGACAUCGAUGCGAUCCCCUGCUACGGCUACCAAGUCUCGUACCACCGCGAACCCACCCCUUCCAAGCCCGCCAGAGGAGCCGCUCCUUCCACCAUGGCCCGCUUCAUCUCCAAGCUGCGCGCAAAGGCCCGCGCCACGCCAAACGUCACCGUCGUCGAGACCACCGUCACCGACAUCGUCAAGAGCGAAUACAACAACCAGGUCCUGGGCGCCGUGACACUCGUUGCCGACGGCUACGCCUCCAAGUUCCGCAAAGAAUACAUCGCCCAGCAGCCCGAGGUCCGCAGCAAAUUCUGGGGCCUCGAACUCAUCGACGCCGAACUGCCCAUGCCCAACCACGGCCACGUGAUCCUGACCGACGCACCCCCCAUCCUCAUCUACCAGAUCGGCACCCACGAGACCCGCAUCCUCGUCGACAUCCCCGACGGCCUGCCCAGCGCCAGCGUCAAAGCUGGCGGUGUGAAGAACCACAUGCUCAACGUCGCGCUGCCCAACCUGCCCGAAUGCGUGCAGCCCUCCUUCCGCCGCGCCAUCGAAGCGGGAAAAUUGCGCUCAAUGCCCAACUCCUUCCUGCCCCCACAGACGCAAAAGACCCCCGGCCUCAUCAUCCUCGGCGACGCAAUGAACAUGCGCCACCCGCUCACCGGUGGUGGUAUGACCGUCGGCUUCAACGACGUCGUCACGCUGUCCACCCUGCUCUCCCCAGCAAACGUACCGAGUCUCGAAGACACUUCCGCCGUCCUAUCUGCCAUGUCGCAAUUCCACUGGGCGCGCAAAUCCGGCUCCUCAGUUAUCAACAUCCUCGCCAUGGCGCUGUACUCGCUCUUCGCGGCAAACACCCCGCAGGUCGAAGCGCUGAAGAAUGGCUGCUUUAGGUACUUCCAGCUCGGAGGAAAGCACAUUAGCGAGCCUGCUGGUUUGCUGUCGGGGUUGAUCAAGAAUCCGCUAGUACUCGUGUAUCACUUUUUCAGCGUGGCAUUUUACGCCGUGUGGUGUAGGUUGAAAGAAGAGAGUGUGUGGAAGGCGCCGUAUGUGUUGACGGUCGAGAGUGCGAUGAUUGUUUGGACGGCGGCGUGUGUUAUCGGGCCAUAUUUGGUUUGGGAGGUUAGGAGGUAG